AUGGAAUGGAACGACGAGAUAGAGGGGUAUGACGGAAGCUUUAAGGGUUGCUGGCAACCGAGGGCGUAUCAGAGGCUUGGUGGCGGAGGCCGGCGGGUGAGGAGGAGUAAAAAGAAGCUCGGCGGCGGAUGGAGGCAACGGUUACGGAGGAUUAAGGUAUCGCCGAAGCUAAAUAUCCUGCAAAAUAUUUUUCCGAAGCGGAUCUUCGCCCGCAUCCACCAAGCCUACUUGCGCACAAUGUUUGGAUUCGCCCGCAAGCUCUGGCUCGGUAACGACAUGGAUGAAUUCGGCGGGAAUCUGGCCUCGCCGCCGGCAAAGGAAUAUGACGAGCUUCUGAUUCUCCAGUUACAAAACUUGCUCUUGGAGCGGAAGCACCGUUUGGCCACCGUCGGCAUCACCGAUGCCUCGCCCUGCGGCGAGAUCCGCUGGUAG